GAGGUUUAAGAGGGAAUUCGGGGUACUGAACCUUCAGGAUUGCCAUGGAAACUGGAAUUUAAAAAGCUUAAUCUCCUCUGCACUCUUGCCAGAAAUUCAGGAGAGAAAUCAUUGCAGCAUUAAAAGUAUUUUGUUCAACCACUUUAGUUUAUUGGUUACAAGAAAAAUUAAGAUGGCAUUAAUGGCAGUUUGAUUGGUCAUCCUGCCACAUGAUAUGAUUUAAUCUCCAAAGAUAUCCAAUACAGUUGGCAAACCUAACGGAGUUUCAAGGCAUAAAACUGUGACCACUAAAGGUGCAAUUGCCAAUGGUAAAAAGCAAAGGGGGCAAGAAUGCCAGAAUCAAAUGGGUGCAAUUUGUGAUGAAGCUGUAGGAGACAACAGUGGAGGUUAUAGUGAUAACUAUAAGUAUCUUGUAUUUGUUCUUGAAAUGUAAGUGUGCUGACAAGGCCAACAUUUACUGCCCAUUCCUAAGUGCCCUUGAAAAAGUGGUGAUGAGUAACCUCCUUCAACUGCUGCACUCUAUUUGGUGUGAGGCACACACCCACAGCAGUUGACACACCACAAAAGGCUUGCGAGGCUAUUUCAGAAUCAAGUGAAGAGUCAACUCCAUUACUGUAGAUCUGGAGUGGUAUGUACAGCCAUUUGAAGUGAGGGCAGCAGAUUUCUCCUCUGAAGAGGGCAGAUUUUUUUUUUAAACCACAUUUUCCCAAUCAUGAUUAACGAGGCAAUCACCUUCUUCCAGGUAGACUGAUGGAUUAGUUGAAUUUAAAUUAUUACCUAACUGCCUUCAAUCAGAAAUGUCUUUCAGCCUUUGAAGAGUUCAAAUUUGAACUCGUACCUCUAAAUCAGUCAGGUCUUUCUUUUUGGAUGAGGACAGGGAAAGGGUUUAAAGAAUAUAUACACAUUUAUUAGGAAGAAAAGAUGGAGGUUGGGUCACAGUUUAAAAAAAAAAGAUGAAGAUGAAGAGAAAGAGGCUUCCCCAGGGAGAGAUGUGGCUUGGCACAGAACCUGCUAAAUGAACAAAAGCCAUCCAUCCUGGCUGGGCUGUGACGUCACGCGCUUUUCCUGGACUAUCAUUAAACGUAAAAGGAGAGACUAAAAAAAAACAAUGAAGACCAGAGGAGACCUGAGAGAGGCGAGGCUAAACUGAAACAUGAAGUUAAAUGAACGAAGUGUGGCAUAUUAUGCCACCUGUGAUUCUCCAACUGAUAAAACUGGAUACUUGCACAAAAAGGGAGAGCGAAACACUGCUUAUCACAGACGCUGGUUUGUGUUGAAGGGUAAUCUGUUUUUUUACUUUGAAGAAAAGGACAGUAAAGACCCAAUUGGAGUGAUCAUACUUGAGGGAUGUACUGUGGAGUUAUGUGAAUCUUCAGAGGAUUAUGCCUUUGCUAUCAAGUUUGACAGUGCUAAAUCACGAACAUAUAAAAUGGCUGCUGAGAGCCAGCGAGAAAUGGAAUCUUGGGUUAAAGCUUUAUCUCGUGCAAGCUUCGACUAUAUGAGAAUUGUUGUGAAGGAACUCGAGAAACAAUUGGAAGAGAUGCAGCAAAAUAGAUCCAGCAGCCGUAAAACCCAGAAAAAAUCACUAUUGCGAAAGCAAGCAAACUAUCCUCACAGUACACCACUAAUCUCUCAUAAUUUCUCUGUAUCUUAUAAGAUUCCUGUUAAGGAGAAUGGUUAUGUCCCCUGGAAUACCAUUCAAGAUCAAACUAUUGAUAGUGAAUUGAAUGGUAAAGCACAGUCUGUUAAUGACAAUAAUGAUAUCUCAAAAUGUGUCUUAGACCAUCCACCUGAAAGACCACUACAUACACAACGCUUGCCACCACCUCUUCCUCCUAGGAGGAGAUCAGCAACAGGAGGUGUAACAUCUGCAAUUGGUGGUCUGAUGCUUGCCCAGGAUGAUAAUACACCAACAGGAGUAUUCAGCUUUACUAGAUUACAUGAAUGGUUUGGUAGGGAUAUAAUACAACUGCGAAGGCAAUGGCAGGAGAACAAGUUUGGAAAUAUUGAUCAAUCACAACCAGAUCAAAUGGUUUGAAUUAACACUAUAUCACUCCUUGUGCCGUUCCUUUGAAAGGACAAUAUUGAGCUUAAGUUUUAAACUUAAUUCUGUUUCUUUGCCUCCACAUUCUAAUGUUUCAUGGAAAGUACACAAACAAUACUAUACAUAAACGUAUUUUUAAUUUCUAUUAAAAUCUGGCUGGAACCAGCAAGUGAAGCACUUACUAUAGAAAUUGAACAUUUGGAGUGUUGUAUAUCAUUUGCUUUUUCUUUCUAUUUUAGCUUUACUAUUCCUGAUGGAGAAAUGAAGAUGCAACUUAAGGAAAGCCCUAUUUUUUUUUUUAAAUGGCCUAAUGAGUAAAAGUACCAAUUUGGUGCAGAAUUAAUGUCUGAAUAUAAAGGUUUGGCAUCCAAUACUUUCUCAUCUCAGCCAGAACUUUUAUUAAUUUGCCAUAGUAGUUGGCCAUUGCCAGCUGGUGGGGGAGACUACUUGAUGCCCCACCCUUUUGGGAAUGGACUGCUAACAAGCUCUCUGUAGGUUUCUAAAAGAAUAGCCGUCACUUGGAGCUACUGGUACCUAUUCAAUUGAAUCACAGCAUGUGACAGGUAUAACCUUUUCUUUAAUAAGUAGGUUCCUUUCCUCAAAUAGAUCUUGCAACCCAUCACUGGCAUUACUCAACAAUUUUCCAGCACUGCCACCUCUUAAAAGUUCUGGUUUGAACUUGAAUAACACUCAUUUUACAAGGAGCUGCUUUACAAAACACUAAUUCAAAUAACUACUACACAUUAGUCUUAUGAAAAUACAUUGACGACAAAUGCUAAUUAAUGUAUAGUACUUUUAUUUGUCAUGUUUAAAGGGAACAGAUACAGUACCUCAAGUGCCUUGAUCAAACACCAUAAUAAUUGAAGGCAUCUGUAGAGGAAUACAUAUUUAUUGUUUGGAAAUCCAUUUGAUUUGUUUUUUUAAAAAAUAACUAAGUACUAACGUGUCAGGAGUUCCCAGGGGCUUGAAUCAGGCAGCUUAAAAAAAACCACUACAUACAUGUUUCAAACCACCUCUGCUCCCUAGCAUUGGUGUAAUAUGUAAUACUGAGCCAUACAGAACACAUGUACUCCAUGUUUGGUCCCUUGGUCUAGGCAGAUUCAGUUGAUCCCAGGUGAGAUAUGGGACAGGAGAUAAAAUUUGCUCAAGUUUCCUGAGGCAAAAGAACAAAAAGGUUGGAUUGUUUUUCUGAUUACCAUCGAGUAACAAUUGCUAGGAAGUACAAAUGUAGAUAUUAAAUGAGGACAGUUGAAGCAUAGCUUGAGAGAAUACUUUGUUGACACUCCCAGGUGAGUUGUACGAGCAAAGCCACACGUAGCACUGGGUCGAAAAACUGAUGAUUGGGAGUUAACUGUCUUUUAAACAUGGCCCAAUUAUUCUUUUUCAACUGCAGUCACCCCUGGCUUUCUCAAAAUGACUUUUUUUGGGUUUUUUCUGUCUGUGGAAGAUUGUAUGGUGAUAGACAGAGUUGUUGGUCCUCGUAGAAUACACCAUUUCUAGGGUAGGGUGCCAACUAACUAGAUCCUUUCCCAUCAUUUUUACACCUCCCGUGAGCUUUCAAUAGAUGGGGGCGAUUUAUUUUUAAUUUUUAUAGACCUUUUUUUUUAAAAACAAAACAAAUUUAUACGUGGAUCUUUGGCAAGUUAUUGGUUAUAUGAUGUUCCGGUUCAAGUGGAAUCUGUGAAAAUUACUCUGGCUGUAUUUUAAAGAAAUCUUUUACCAAGGUUCUGAUAUUAUUAAUAAAUGGAUAGUGUUAUUAAUUAUUAAUUGUGGCAUUUUCCAAUAAUUAGAAUUCUAAGAGUGCACAUCUGGUAAAAGUUCCAUUUAGCAUUAUAUAGGCAAAGUCAGCCAAUGUCAUUUGAGCAUCACCACAAACUAUAGCAGAAUUGAUUCAUUAGUGGUGCAGUUUUAGUGGUCUAUCUUUUGAACAACAAGGCCAUGGUUGAAAUUGACAGCACAUCAUCCAAAAAUACAACUAUGGCAGAAUUUUUAAAAUAAAUUCUAGCAUUUAACCUGUACUUUUAUCUGCUGUUUGUCAUUACCACUUCUGUAGUCAAAUAAUCAAUUGCCAAUCACUCCCCUGGCUCUUACUACAAAAUCAUUAUUUGAAAUAUCAUUGUCACUUAUGGAUCUGACAUAUUCAACAUAUGAUUCCUCACCUUUUUAUCUUCAGUUUGGGGGAUAAAAUAUUUAUUGGCGUGUGUAAAGAGAAGUGGAACAUUUAGUGAAACAAAAGUGCAGGAAAAUUAUGAACAUUUUAAAUGAAUGGUUAGAUGUUUACUAAAUGUUUCAAAUUGGAGUUUGGCUAUGAGGGGAUACAAUGUUUAAGUACUUGUUAUUUUUGUUGCUAUCCUCUCUUCACCCUCCCCAACAAGCACUCCUGAACAUAAGUGUCAAACUAUGAACAGCUAGUUUUUGUAACUGUAGUUGAAAAAGCAAUGAAUCAACUUUGGUGUUUGUUACCUUUUGAUAGAUUCUUCCUAAGCUAUGAAAUACGUUUAAUAUGCCAACUUACUUUCUCUUUUGGUUGGCAAUGCUAAAUAUGAUUACAGUUGAAUAACCUUUUUAUAAGCAAGGAAAAAAGAUUUUGUUUCCAAUAUUAGAUGUCACUUGACUAUGUCAUACACAGACAUCACAAAGUAUGGUAAAAUAAAUUCUUUCACAUUCAUAAAACGUAUUAGAUAUCCUGAGGGCAGAAUCAAAAAUAUUGUUUGUGGUUUUAGGUAUAAGGAUGCCUCUCCGUCAACUUCAUUGUGUUUAUGAUUUUUGUGUACUAUUAAAUUCUUGAUUUUUAAAUAAAUGCAAUCAUUUUAAGAGCAACUUUAUGGAUUACCACAUUUUGCCAUGACUGAGAUGUAGCUUCACCCAGUAUAUUUCAAAAGUUGCACUUUAGAAAUAAAUAUUUAUUUGCAUUAUUCCCCUCAUUAAUUUGCUAAGCACACAUAUUGAAAGGUAAAUGUUCAGAAUAAACAAAUCACUGGUGAGCAUUAUUUUCAAAUUAAAUGUAGAACUGCAAAAAAAGUGUGCUUGAAGCAUAAAUUGCAUGAUGAUAAUGGAUGGGUUUUCUCAAUAUCCAUAUACCACCGCCAUGUAUAGAACAAAUAUUAGUUACAUUUUUUUAAGUGUCUACAUAUAUACAAGUGUUGCUGUUUGCCUUUUAGUUUAUUUUAGGGCAGCAGGCUUCAAAAACCCAAUACUUUAUUCUUCAAAGCAAGGAAGUAAUCUGGCCAGUAUCUAAGUUAAACUAUAUUUGUCCCAGGGGACAGGUACAGGAAUUGCUUUCAAUAGCAAUACAGUGAUAAAGUUCUAAAAAGUAUUGUAAUGACUAUUGCAGUGCCAUUAAGUGAUAGAAAGGGAGUGAACACAAUUCAAGAGAACAGGGAAAAGCUGAGAAAUUGGAAAAUUCUGGUUAUUUUUAAUUGACAAAAAUUGCACUUGAAUCGUAGAUUCAUGAUAUAAAUGACAGGGGUCAUUGAUUUUAAAACGUAUAGUUCAGGCAUGCUUCUAAGAUAUGCUUAUGCCAUAAAACAUGCUUAUGUUAAGUUCUGGAAGGCUAAUAAAAUUUCUGUUUCUGUACACAUUAAAAUUAUAGAAUCUAAUUUAUUCCUUUUUAGUUGUUGAAAUUCAUUAAUCCUUUUUAAUUUAAGAGUUUCCACUUGUGUGAAUCUGCGACCAGUUGUUUUUGCCUCAUUUAAAGACCUUUGCCUAGAAAUUACCCAUUAAGAUACUAAUGUACAAUCCAAAUGAUUACUGUUUGAUGAGACUUUUUCUUUAACAAAGACUUUAUUCCAUUUACUUUAAAUCAAUAGCACUUUUGAAUUUCACUCAAAGAUAUUAGUAUUUAAAAAGUCUAUCUUUACAAUUUCAAAGUCCUUGGCUUUAGAUUGUAAACAUGGUUACCCUGAAAAUAACUCCAAUACAGGUCACAUUGGUGUGAAAUCUACAUUUUUCUUUUGUCCUAGCAACAAACGACCAUUCUCUUGUAUUUCUGUUAUUCCAGUUUGUAACUGUCCAACCUGCUGCAACUUUGGCAGUUUACAUCCAGUUUUUAUUUGUAAUUUUAGUUAGUUUACAAUAAGCCUCUGUUAUACUUGCAUGGUUAAAUAGUUGAGCUUGUAUUGACCUGAAGUCGGAGUGACACACUGUAAAAGUUUAUAAAUCAGUUUAUUUCUACAAAUUUGUGCAACAGAUUUCCUUUGAUCAUUAUUAGUUUUAUUUUCCACCAUUAAACCUAUUGAUAAUCAGUAGUGCUUCGGUAAUGUUGAUUUGCAGUUGGAGGAAAAAAAAAACUAAAGCCCUAAUGAUUUCCUGUGCAGAUUAUGUUAUGGCAUAUAAAAUGAAUGUGGUGCUCACACCUGAUCACUGGUGUAAAUAUAUGUCUAAUAACAAUGAUGCAGGUAGAGUUUGGGCUGGGUUAUGAUGCUUUCAGUUGUCAAUAUCAGCUGCCCAAAUCUAUAGUAAAUUAAUGGAUGGCUUAACCGCUGGAAACAACACCUCAGAUUAAAUUCAACACCUACAGGAGGAGAGGAAAGUGGCAGAAAAGGAAAUUGAAAAUAAAGUAAUUAGAAAGCAUGUCUUCAAUAUGUUCCUGACAUGAUUAGGAACACGUAGUUAAACAACUGCCUUAAAUUACUGCCAUUGUGCAUUUGUCAUAUCUUUGUCUUAAUUUUAAAAGAUAUUCUUGGACAGGAAAACUAUAAUACAUUUUUUAGUUUCUUGAGUGAGGCAAAUUAAUUGAUGGAACAUUAAUGGUUGCACUUUGACAUAAGUAUUACAAUUAUUCUUCCAUCAGAUAAUGAAUAUGAUAAUCAUAAGUAAUAAUUACUUUGAGUAUUUUCAUGUUUACUACUGGUGUUUGACUAUUGGAAUUCUUGUCCUUUUGCAACCUGCAAACAUUGCAGUGUAAGCAGUAACCCUGUAUUUAAUGAUUUUUAAAGUUUUCAUAGAAUAACAAAACCAUUUUUUGGUCAUUUUGUUAAUCCUCUUUUUGAACUUAGAACUUUGGAAAUGUGCUGCAAUAUUUUAGUUAUGCUAUGCCAGUCUUUGGUUUCUUUGUUAAGGUGUUACACUAACCUUGAGUCACUAUUACAAAAUUAUUGAAACCAUGGUUAUGAGGUAUGAAAAAACUACAAAUUAAACUUUUGCCUAUCAAGUAAUUAUUUCUUAUUGGUUCUGAUAUGUCCAUUUUAUGUGGCAAGGUUCAAUUUCUAUACCUGUAAGCUAUUCUAGACCAAUUGUUCAGCAUCUUUAAAAUCACCAAUGUGUUAACAGAUGGUUCGCAGAAUAUGUAUACCUUGGAGAAAAUUAAGUAUUUGUUUAAUACAAUAUUGUCAGCGGAAAUCGCUGCUAGCCAUAGGGGCUAUCAUGACUCUAUUACCAAUUUGUAUUAAUAUUAGCAGAGAACUCUAUACAUACACUUCCACAAAGCAGGAACCUUCAUAUAUACGUUAUUUAACAAAUUUUAAGAAACCAAAGAAAAGUACUCACAAUAAUAAAACCUCACUCUCACUGAGCUUUUCAUUUUAUAAUAUUUCAAAAAGUAAAUAAAGUGGAUAAGGCACACUGUACAUAUUUGAGUAUUAAUUUUCCAUGCUCAAACUUGCCUGAUAAGGUCUUAUUUGUUAUACAGAAAUGCAAUUGCAAAUCUGGCUAGUGGCUAACCUAUUGGACAACAUUGAAUUAGAAUACAUUGUAAGAUUUAAAUCUGCAUUUUCCUCAAUGAUGGUCUGGAUUUACUUCUGUACCUUGUUUUAAAAGUAACUUUUCUCAACAGAUUUAAAAAAUGCUUUUGAAUAUAUGUCCAGAAAAUGUAAAAAGAUUUAAAACCCAAAAAAGCAAAAGUACAAUUUCGUUGAAAUAAAGCCAUAUAGAUAUUUUGCACAAGAUAUUGCUUUUGUACAAAAACUCAAACCAUAUGACAAGGCUGAAAAUUGUUCAAUUCUUAAUAUGUAGGUUUAAUUAUAUUUGUUUAUGUUUCUAGUAUAUAAAUAUUUUUUAGAAUAUGAAAAGGUACUGUCAUUGUUUAGGAUAGCAUAAUACUUUUAUAUUUAGGCUCAAGUUUUUGAAUGUAAUGCUGUCUGAUUAUAUUCCUUUUUGCAGUAAAGCUGUUGUAGUUCAUCCUACGUUUAGCUUUUUAUUGACUGAAGAAAGCCAUUGAUAAGCAUGUGCUUUGAUUUUGAAGUUUGCAGGAAAUAAAUACAAAAUUAAUAUGGUAUUAUAGUCCUCAUAUUUCAAUUGCUUUUCAGUUUGAACUUUUAGUUGCCCAAAGGCAUACACUAAACUCCAUAGCUCCUUGUUUAAUGAGCUUGUGUAAAAGUUGAUCCUGUUUGAGUUAAAGUAAACUGCAUACAUAUGUGCCAAACAAAUAUUAUAUUUUAGAUUGUUGAAAUAAUAUUCCUUAUUUUUCUGUGGGGAAUUUUUGAUUUUGGUUUCAUUUAAUGCAUUAAGCUAUUUGCUUAACUUUUUGUAUAAGGUGGUAAUUUGUCUCUUUGGAGUAAUAAGAUUUUAUUGAACUUUAAGUCUAAUACUUUUUUGUAAUUAUAUUUCAUUUGCAUGGAAUAUCUUUAUUCUGAUGUAUUGGCUACCAGCAUAAUUGCAUGAAUGAUCAAUUUGUUUUUGGAUCCAUGAUUUAUGGAAGUGUUUACCACCUGCCUACUUAUAAUAAAAUGCAUUAAGGAAUGUGUGCACUUGUAUUUGAAUGUUUCUUUUGCACAAAAUUAACUGAUUUUUG